CUGGAUUGUUCUAGACUAGAAGUUCGGCGUACAGCGUUUCACGACCCUCGUGCAGGUGUUUGCGACAGCUCUCCGCGCGCACACGGCAGCAUGACGGAAUACGGCAGUGAGAAGAUGGCGGAAGAAGAGCGGAAUGCCAGUGCAGAGAAACUCAAGGAGAAGGCGAAUAACUACUUUAAAGAUAAAGACUAUGAGAACGCCAUCAAGUAUUACACGGACGCACUGGAGCUGAACCCCAGCAAUGCCGUCUACUACAGUAACAGGAGUCUGGCGUACCUGCGCACCGAGUGCUAUGGCUAUGCUCUGGGGGACGCCACGAGGGCCCUGGAGCUGGACAAGAACUACAUCAAGGGCUACUAUCGGCGAGCCACCUCCAACAUGGCCCUGGGCAAGUUUAAAGCAGCACUCAAAGAUUACGAAACGGUAGUUAGAGUUCGUCCCAGUGACAAAGAUGCCAAGAUGAAGUACCAGGAGUGCAACAAGAUUGUCAAACAGAAGGCCUUUGAACGGGCCAUCGCCAGCGACGAGCUCAAGAGAUCAGUCGUAGACUCCUUAGACAUCGAGAACAUGACAAUCGAGGAUGACUAUGAUGGACCUAAACUUGAAGAUGGGAAGGUUACACUGAAGUUCAUGAAAGACUUGAUGGCCUGGUUCAAAGACCAGAAGAAACUGCACAGAAAGUGUGCUUACCAGGUGAAUGCUCUUCAAAUACGUUGCAGAUCCAGCGAGAGCUUGAUGAAGCUGCUCUAUCCAGAACACUUCCACCUGCUUAGAGGUAACCACGAGACGGAUAACAUGAAUCAGAUGUACGGCUUCGAGGGUGAGGUGAAAGCGAAGUACACCGCCCAGAUGUUCCAGCUCUUCAGUGAAGUCUUCCAGUGGCUUCCUCUCGCACAGUGCAUCAAUAGCAAAGUGCUGGUGAUGCAUGGAGGACUGUUUAGUGAGGACGGCGUGACCUUAGAUGACAUUAGAAAGAUAGACAGGAACAGACAGCCUCCAGACUCUGGUCCGAUGUGCGAUCUCCUGUGGUCAGAUCCUCAGCCGCAGGACGGACGGUCCAUCAGCAAGCGGGGUGUGAGCUGUCAGUUUGGGCCUGACGUUACGGAGCGCUUCCUGGAACAGAACAAGCUGCAGUACAUAGUGCGCAGUCAUGAGGUGAAAGCCGAGGGUUACGAGGUCACUCACUCAGGGAAGUGCAUCACCGUGUUCUCAGCACCAAACUACUGUGACCAGAUGGGAAAUAAAGGAGCUUACAUUCAUCUCAGGGGAUCCGACCUCAAGCCAGAGUUCCACCAGUUUACUGCUGUGCCUCAUCCAAAUGUCAAGCCGAUGGCAUAUGCCAACUCUCUGAUGCAGCUGGGUAUGAUGUAGAGGUCUGAAGUCCACACACAUCCCUCCGAAUCCACUCUCACAUUCUGCUCGUCUCUGUUUCCCACACGCUUUCUUCCUCGUGUACACGCGCACACUUUACAGUACUCAAACCUGUAGAUACAUGGGGAAGAAUCACAUUGGUGAUGCCUUGACUUAAAAAAAGGAACUAGGAAUGUUAUUCGCAAAUUCUUGGAUCGACCCUCCCCACGCUCUUGUCAUUAAUGUUUCCAUUCAUGUGGAGCUGCAUAGUUUGAAUUGGAUGUUUAGCUCUGUGAUAAAUGAACUGAAUUGUACCAAAGAAUGGGCAAGUGUAUAUGACGUGUCCCAAAGUAAGAGUGUUGAUGUAGAAUUAGAGCCUUUUGAGGACUGGAGACUAAAAACCUGAUCAACACUUUUACCCAACGGUGUGUUUCUACAUGGGGCCUUUAUUUUGAAAUUUUACCCCUUCGCAUUCCCUCAUCCUAUUUCAUCUGGAGUACUGUUGGGAGGGAGAACAGUGUGUCUCUUCAAUACUAUUAUUAUAUCAAAAAACACAAUAAAAAUCAACUUUCAUAACAGGAAACUCCACCCAGAGCGUCUGUCAUGAGGUCAAGAGUUUCCGUGAUUAAACGUCGCAAAACAAAUUGAGGUGCCGUGUUAGCUCCAGUAGUGUUCUUCACACUUUUUGGCUCUCGUUCCCUUCUUUCUGAAUAGGGAGAAUUGCAGUAUUGUGAAGCUCAAUAAGUGUUUGGUGGCAGCUCCCACACGUUCUUUCUCCCAACAUGCUCGACUGAAAUGCACUGGAGAUGCUCUGUAACCCUCGUAUAACCUUCCACUGUCUGUCUAGCAGAUCCUGAACCCUUCGUGUGGACUCCAAAUGAUACAGCAGAAACCUACCUUCCUCUCUUUAAGCGCACAGCAGCCAUGUCCCAUGCCCUUGACUUUUUAGAGAAUAUCAUAUACACCAACAUAUAUAUAUAUAUACAUAUAUAUAU